AAAGUGUGUUCUCGUCUCCGGCGAAUGAGAACGACCAAGCCCGUUCUAGGAGGUCCUCCUGCGAUCGGCACUCGCCAUACACGUCGGAUUGGCCGUCUCCAACAAGAAAUUCUGUCGCCUGCUUGACACCGUUACCUUGCCCAUUACCCUCUCCGCUGUGACUGCGCGUGAGGCGCUCACAUGUUACUGGCCGCCGGUAGACUUGUCCACCAACCAGGUGCUAUUCCCGGUAGGGAUCAGCUAUCAUGAAUAGUAUCAUGGCAUCGCAGCUGAGGUCUGUCUCCCGUGCUGCCUGCGCAGCAUAGCCUUCUGGUUGUCGAAACGGCCACGAUCAGGAUUAUAAAAGGUUGGCCUUUCUUCCCCCUUAGUUCUCUCAUGCUCUCACCAUCCCACACCCGGACAGCCGCACCGUCAAGAGGACUCCGCUUCCAAGAUAUCUCGUCCGUCCUAAGCCUAUCACCACGACCCAUCAUCUUCGCGCACGCCCUGCCAAAAUGCUGUCCGCUACCCUCCUCGCCUUGCUGCCUCUGGCUCUGGCCGCUCCCUCGAAGCGUGCCCAGCCCGCGCCAAUUUUGAGGCCCCGGGGCGCCCAGGUCAUUGAGGGCAAGUAUAUCAUCAAGAUGAAGGCCGAGGCGGACGACGCGUCUGUCCAGAGCUCAAUCCAGUCCUUCGCCACCAACGCCGACUUCGUCUACAACUCCAACAAGUUCAGGGGCUUCGCUUCCAGCCUGUCUCCCGAGGAGGUCGAGACCCUGCAGAACAACGACGAUGUCGACUACAUCGAGCAGGAUGCCGUCGUCACCAUCCUGGCUACCCAGGAAAACGCCGACUGGGGUCUUUCUCGCUUGUCGAGCUCCGAGCCUGGCACCACCACCUACACCUACGACGACAGCGCCGGCGAGGGUACUUGCGCCUACGUCAUCGACACGGGCAUCUACACCGAGCACGAGGAGUUCGAGGGCCGUGCCACGUUCCUGGCCAACUUCGCCGAUGACGACGACGACACCGACGGCAACGGCCACGGCACCCACGUUGCCGGCACCAUCGGCUCCAAGACCUACGGAGUUGCCAAGAAGACCACUCUCUUCGCCGUCAAGGUUCUCGACGCCAACGGCUCAGGCACCAACUCCGGUGUUAUUGCUGGCAUGGACUUCGUCGCCCAGGACGCCGAGAGCCAGGACUGCCCCAAGGGCGUCGUUGUCAACAUGUCGCUCGGCGGCGCGACCUCGAGGGCGGUGAACCAGGCCGCGGCCAGCAUCGUCGACGCCGGCCUGUUCCUCGCCGUCGCCGCCGGAAACGAGGCCACCGACGCAUCGUCCUCGUCACCCGCCUCCGAGGAGUCGGCCUGCACUGUCGGCGCCACCACCAUCGACGAUGAGCUUGCCGAAUACUCCAACUACGGCAGCGUCGUCGACAUCCUCGCCCCGGGAAGCGACAUCGAGAGCACCUGGAACGAUGGCACUACCAACACCAUCUCCGGCACCUCGAUGGCGAGCCCGCACAUCGCUGGCCUCGGGGCCUACUACCUCGGCCUCGACGCGGCGCCGGUCGAAGACCUCUGCAGCUUCAUCGCGCAGAGCGCCCUCUCCGGUGCCAUCUCCAACGUCCCCCGCAACACCGCCAACCUUCUCGCCAACAACGGCGAGGAGGCAUAGAGGGCUUCACCCAACCUCCCGCCCCGGUCGCGCAGCGAAGGACGCGCGCGGUGUACCUAUAAUAGAGUUACCAGCAUCUAGGUUUUAGGAUGCUGCUGUUGAGGCAGGACGGCACGGCACGGUACGGCACGGCAUAGAUUAGGUGGCUGGCAUAGCAUAUACCACUUCGGACGUAAUGGGCCGAGAGUUUCUUUUUUCGUCGCGCUCGUAACAGAGGGAUCAAUACAACCAUAUACCUACUACAAUUUCCGUUGCUGAAUUCGUAGAAGCCCGUGCUGAUUAAUAGGGGGGGCGGCCUGGGAGGUUUAUAUCGGCCCACGGCGAGGAAGAGGAGGUUCGGGAUGAGUAGCAGU